GGUACUCUCACUCUGGCGUGCACCUACUGUGGCGAUCGGCCCCUGAGAUGCGGUGAAACGAGGGCUGAGUGGGAGUGGAAGGGGAAGGGAUGCGCGUUGCUGACCCGCCGUGAAUCCUCACCAGCUUUACCACUAACUCACUCACUAAACUGACGGGCCAGACCUUUUUAUUUCCCCCCGUCGUAUUUCUUUCUAAUCUUCUACUCUCCCUCUUCCUCCGCCUCCCUCUCUUCCUUUUCUUCUUCCUCCUCCUCCUACUUCGGUUACUCCGUCUCCUUUUCUUCUUCUUUCUGUUAGGUCGGGUGGUUGAUCUCAACAUCUUGCUGGCCAGCCCCUACAUUCUUUUCCGAUCCACCAUUCCAAUCGAUCCCUCCCCAAUCCCUGCCAUGCUCCAGCCCCUGGGCUGCUAGAGACUCGCGAGACACCCUCCGCACGCUGGUCCGUCAUGGGGGAUUCCCCGGGAACGGGCGAGCCGGGAACUGCGCCGGAACCGUCCCAAACAAUGCAGCACCAGCAACAGCAACAACAACCUUCUCCCACCUUCUCCCACCACCGCCCGGCAUCCGAGCAUGGCCCUGAUCGCGCCCUGCAACUCAAACGCUCCUCGCUUCCCCCGCGUCCGAAUGGCGCUGCUCGCCACGCCAAACGACUAACCCUCAACUUUCCCAUCAACAUCCCUCCCGGCGCCUUCGAGUCCAACGUCGCCUCUCCUGGCACCGGCAACAUGACCCCCGCCCCUCACUCCGCCCAUCCCUCCUCCGUGCCACCCCUCGGCGCCCCCCUGACCUUCGAGGAGCCCGACGACGGCUCGGGCCUACUGACUGCCAUCGCCUCGCAGGAACGAAAGGUGCUGGAGCUGCGCGAGGAGCUCUCCCGCGCGGAGACGGAGCUGGGUUCGCUGAAGAAGCAGUGGGCCCUGACGGAGAAGACAAAGAAGCGGACGGAGAUCAGCCACCGCGCAGAGCCUCUCGUGCCUCUGCGGUCGCCCGACCAGACCCCGGAGCGCUCGCAUCGCCGCGAGCCCAGCCAAAGCGGCUCCGUGAGUCCCUCGCUGUCGCAGGCCCGACUCAGCCGCGAGCUGGCCCUGGAGCGUCGCCACAGCUUCCGCUCCGCGGCCAACAACGGCACGACGGUGUCCGCCAACGGACGGCGCGUGUUCCGGGGCUCCCACACCCGGGCCUUGUCGCUGCUCUCCCCGACCACCGGGGCCGGUGACCUGAGCAAGCCCGGGUCUGAGACGGACCUGACCUCGUUGCCCGGUCGCAUCGGCCGCUCGCCCCGGUCGGCCACCCUACCGUCGUCGGUCGAGCGCGGCGUGAUCUCCGUCGACGGCACGGAGAUCACCGAGGACAUGAUCUCGCAGUGGCGGAACACCAUGCCGCCGCCGUCGCGCGAGGCGCUGGUGCGCACGGGGAAGCAGAUGGCAUCGGAUCUGCGCGAAGGGCUGUGGACGUUUUUGGAGGACAUUCGCCAGGCCACGGUGGGCGAGGAGGGCAUCAACGCGACUGAGUCCCGCGCGGUGCCGCCGACGCGCACGCGGGACUCCAGCUCGACAUCACGCAGCCGCGACCGGCUAUCGCUGCAGGGGAGCAAGCUCCCGCGGGCGACGGGGUCCGUGGGGACCAAGGGGACAGGAGCAGGGGUGGGGGCUAAACUUUCCGGUAAAGACUCCAAAUCGGCGGACAUAGAGGCGUCUUUCUGGAGUGAAUUCGGCAUUGAUCCACGUGGGCAGAAGUCCCCGAGCGCUCGCGGAGCCUCCAGUACCCCAAGCGGGCGGACCGAACCAGCCGACUCCCACACCCCCGAUGUUGAAGACAACUGGGACUGGGACUCGCCGCAGAAGCCGAAGCCGCAGCCGCAGCCGCAGACGAAGACGAGGACUCGGACGCACACCCCGUCGUCCAGCCGCUCGACGCUGGAGUCCGCCCGGCACGACCAGUCCCCGAUGACGCAGUCCAGCAGUCCUCGCACGAGUACCAGCUUUGGCGACUGGCACGCCCUGCACGAUUCCAUCGUGCCCGAUCCCAGCGUCUCCGACGGCAUCCCCUGGCCGGCCAUCACCAAGCUGGCGCCGUCCAAGCUGCAGCGCACGGCGUCGAAUCUGAUGGCGGAGUGGGAGCGCAGUCUGUCGUCGCCGCCGUCGCCGACCGAGAAGGAUGACAAACGCGAUUGAUCGGCCGCCCGAUUUUCUUUUUUAACUGAUCGAUCUUUUAUACAUGCCGUUCGACCACGGCCCUUCACUUCUUCACUGCUAUUGUAAAUAUGGACACGACAUGCGCGAUCUACGUGGAUGGUUGGAGGAUGGUGGAUCUAGCACCCCCGAGCUGAGCUGGUACGGAUGACGCACGCAGGGUUAUGAUUGUUCCCGCAAUACCCUUUACGAUCAGCGUUGAUUUCACUCUCUUCACUUUUUCUUUGGCUUCGUGCUUGUUUGAAAUACAUCUUUUCCUUCUUUGUAACAUAUGUGCUGCGUAUACUGCAUGACAUUCUCAUUAUAUUUACUCUAUCACUACUAUCGGAC